AUGUCUCCUCUCCUCUCCGUGGCCUUGCUGCUCUUCCUCCUCUUCUCCUCACCAGCCCAGCCCGCCCCCUCAGCUAGGGUCUCCCCCGCGAGCCCUCCUCCUCCUCCUCCUCCACCAUCGCCCCCCAAGGCGUACGCGAUGAUCGGAUUCCUCCCCGGCCGCAAGCGGCACGGCUUCCGCGCAGGGGAGGCGGAGGGCUGCAUGCCGAAGGAAUUCCGCCCGCCGCCGUCGGCUCCCAGCCGAUACGCCAACUACCACACGCUCGGCGCCGUCGUGUGUUCUCCGGCGAGGCGGGGCGAGCCGUGA